AUCAGCUCAGCUUUGUACACUGAUGCCCCGAGCAUAUGUAUUCACAGAAAUAGCUUAUUUUUUCUGUUUUUUUUUUAUUCUGUGCUAUGGUCGCAAAUCUGGUUAUUGUCAACAUUGGAAGAAUAUCAAGAACGUUCUGUUCUUCCUGCAAUCCUCCGUCAAAAAUAUGUUUUAAAAAGCCGGACGCAAAUUUGAUAAAAUGUGACUAUAUAGGUCCACCAGAUAAAAUCUCCAACAUUCGGCCGUUUGUUCGAAGCAUACCUGACAAUGAAACAGAACUUCAAAAAAAACUGAGAUUGAAGAGAACGACGGUGGAAGAAUGGAAUCAUUCUUUUUGGUCAAGGCAUAAUAAACGUUUUUAUGAUGAGAAAAAAGAUUUUGUUCGACUCCACAGUUUUGGCGGAAUAGACGAUAUAUCACCAGAUAAAAUAAGUGAAUUUUAUAAGUUAUUCCUGGAUAAGAAUAGACGACUUCAUAUAUUAUACAAUUUUUCGUGGUAUUGGAAAAACUUUGAAAUAUUAUUUUUGGCUUUCCGAGUAGAAAUAGUAAAUAUAUUAAAAUUAAGAAGGAAUGUUAAGUAAACAUGUUUACAUAAUUAUACUUUUUCUAAAUAUAUAAGAUGUUCUGUCAGUAAUAUUUGUACUCAAAGGGUUUUAAAGUUACAAAGUUAUGUAACUUAACAAAGUAUAAAUCUAAGGUGAAAGUUUUUGUGUAAUUUAUUUAUUAUAGUCAAUGGAAAUUCAUAUCCUUACAGACUAGAUUAAAAUUCAACAAUAUAAAAAAAUUACAAAAAUUAUUUAGGUGAAAAGCAUAAUAUAUACUUUACUUAAAUACAUCUUUAGUUGUGAUAGUAUCAAUACUUGGCUUCGGUUCUUUUUGAAAAUUUAAAUUAAUUUGAUUUAAAUUUAAAAAUGAUCGUGUUAUUGCGGGAACAAAAACGCAACUAAAGCCAACAAAUCUGGAGAAUUGACGAGAUUAUAUAUCAAAUCAAAAAUAAGAACAAGGCAGACUGAAAUUUUCUACGACAAUCCAAACUCGAAUCCCAGCAGCAAACAUCGCGACCGAUAUGGUGAAGGUUACAGAGUAAACAAAGGGCUAGGGAGAAAUUCAGAACAAAAAUGUUUAAUUCGCUCAAUACGACCAAUAUGUGAAAUACAAUAAGGAUUCCAAAUGAUUGCGAUGAUCUAACAGAAGUUGUAUAUAAGAACUAGACGAUUAAGGCCAGAUAGUAACCCACUUAUGUCGGGGUUGUAAGCUUGGGCAUUAAUCGAGGCACAGCUACCAACCGGCAGUAUGUACACGUUGUAUAGCUCCAUGUCGGCAGUACCGGACCUGACUGCUAUCCCCAUGCUCUCCAUGUAGGGGUCACUACCGCCAGGCGCAGGCGAGAUAGAAUUAUAUUGCACGUAAUGGUGUAUCAUGAAGGCUAAUUCCCCACCUCUAUUUCUUGAGCGAUCCUUACGUAGAACAUUAUAUCCGUGACUGCGCAAGCUGCAGGUGUUGGUCAGCUUUGUCUCCUGGAUCUCUGGGACCAAUAUAUCUUUCCGUUGCAGUUAAGUUGCAGAAAUGAUACAUUUCCCGGCACUGGCCUAGCAAUAUUGGGGCAUAGUGAAGUGAGGCCAUAGCAAGAUCGGAAAUGUACCCGCUCCAUACACCGGUUCACCUCACCGACCCCAACCGAUGAUGGAGGCGGUUCUGGGGUUCUUUUCAAUCUCGGCACGGACCAGAAGCUUACGAAAAAAGACGAACACGUACACUGAGACGGCAGCCCUUGCCGGUGAAAGUUCCAUCGGAUCAAUCCGGUGCGUGCAACCGGCUGCAAUGGGAUUCAAAAGCCCAUCUACUGCUCAAUACUUAACCGGAUCCAAAGGAUGGCUUGUUUGUGCAUCACUGCCGCACAGAAAACGACACCAUCUGACGCACUGAAUUUAAUGCUGCAUAUUAUGCCUCUUGACAUUGCGGCUACCCAAAUUGCAGCGACCACUGCCUGAGGUUAAGGGAGCUUUCUCACUGUGUUAUCCUUAAUACAAUAUCCGAUGUUCCAGGCAGUGUGGAUUACACCUUACUUGAGCCGCUUUUUGAUAAAAGGUACUGUAACACUAUUCCUGAUAGAACCGAUUAGAACUACGAUAUCCCUGGUAACAUAAGUUACAUAGACUUCUAUACGGAUGGUUUCAAACUAAACGACCAGGUGGGCUUUGGGGUGUACUCUAAAGAUCUAGAACUAGUCAUAUCGAAAUGGUUACCCGACCACCGCAGUGUGUGUCAAGCGGAGAUCCUUGCAAUUAAGGAAGUGGUGGAAUGGCUAAGAUGAAGAAAGGAAAUAUAAAAGAGAUAGAAAAUCGUGUUUUGCAUUCGCUCCUAAUUUUCUAUAGAAAAUCAGAAUAAAAUCUCCUUAUAUAUUAAAUACAUUGAGUACAGUCCAACUCGGAAAUUUCAAAAAUUACCAUUACAUGCAAUCAUCAGUGAAAAUAAAAACUUGGUAUUGUAAAUUAACAAAGAUGCAAAAUAAUAAACAAAAUUCUAUAUAUAAAAUUGAAUUUGUGUUUGUUUGUUUGUCGGUUUGUUUGUUUGUUCCGUAUAAACUCAAAAACGGCUGAACAGAUAACAUUAAAUUUUCACAGAUUGCGUAGGUUGGUUUGGAAGGAAACAUAGGCUAUAUAAUUUUUUGAUAUCGGGAGGGGGUGGACCCUCCCCCUUACCCCAAAACUACUAUCCAAAAAUAAAAGUGGAGCGAUCGGGACAAUAUGGGAUUCAAAUGAAAGGUAUUCAAGAGUAGAGUACGAAUUUCAUAAUAAAAGUUGGGUCCAAGUACUUGGGGGCCGCUCCAUCCCCAAAACCCCUUAAAAUAGGUUUAUUUGACGAUCAUGACAAUAUGCGACUCAAAUAAAAGGUAUUCGGGAAUAGAUUACGAAUAUGGUUAGGAAGAAGAAAUAUGCUUUAUAAUUUGUUGAUAUCGGAAGGCGGCGGACCCUCCCCGUUACCCCAAAAAUACCACCCGAAAUCACAAGUGGAUCGAUUAAGACAAUAUGGAUAUCAAAUGCAGGUUAAUAAAAAGUAGAAUACGAAUAUGGUAUUAAAAAUUGGGCCCAAGUACCCAGGAAGUCGCCUCAAACCUCAAAAUGUCUAAAAACAGACAAAUUGGUCUUCCAUAGCAAUAUGGGGCUUAAAUGAAAGGUAUUCGGGAGUAGAUUACGUAUCUGGCAUACAAAAUCAGAUCGAUGUGUAGAGGGUCACCCCACCCCCCAAAAACUCCCCAAAUGGGCUUAUGACCCAUCAUGACUAUAUGGGACUCGAUUUGUUUGUUUGUUCCGUAGAAUCAAAAAAAGGAAACAUAGGUUAUAUAAUUUUAAGAUAUCGGAUGGCGGCUGACUCUCCCACUUACACCAAAAACGCCACCCAAAUCCAAAAGAGGACUGAUGGGCACAAUAUGGGUAUGAAAUGGAAGGAAGUGGAGACUGGAAAAUGAAAAUCAUAUUAAAUUUUGGGUUCAAGUACCCAGCAGGCCGCCUCCUCCUCUAAACAGAAAUAUUCGACGUGCCUAUCAAUAUGGGACCCUAAUGAAAAGUAUCCGGCAGUAGAUUGCAAAUAUGGCAUACAAAAUUAGCUCAAGUAAUGGGAGGUCGCCUCACUCCCAAAUGGGCAUAUCAGUCGACCAUGGCUAUAUAGGAUUCAUAUGAAAAAUAUUUUGGGAGUAGAUUAAAAAUAUGGCAUUAAAACUUACGUUUCAGUCAAGGGGGCCCUUUUCCUUAAAAUACGUCGAAUAGAUUAAUUGACCCAUUAUGGCAAUAUGGGACUCAAAUGAAAGGUAGUUGAGAGUAGAAAACGAAUUUGAUAUCCAAUUUUCUUAUUACCCUAAUUUCAAAAAUAUCAGAUCUCGGAGAUUGGUAAUGCGAUUAGUUUGAAAUUUUUUGCAAGCUUGCGGACAAGCUUGCGAGACUAGCAACUUAUACAUUCCAGGGAUACUGGAAUCUGUGGGUAUUCCUCUAGAGGUAUUUAAACUGAGUUUUCAGGACCUGUCCGAAGGACAACGAAUGAUCACAAAGAGGGGGCUGUGAGUAUUCCAAAACUAUGUGGCCUAAUCUAGACUUGAAGAAGUCUACUUCUUUGCUGCCAUUGGCUAGAACAGACGUCUCAGUCACUGUGUCCGUCAUGAGAAGUCAUGCAAAACAUGCUGACAGACUGAAGAUUGCCAGCAACUAUUUUUGCGGAAGCUGUGAGGACAUCGAGGAAGAAGAGACUAUAGAACACCUUCUACGUGUGUGUCCCGCACUAGCAGUCGGAAGGGGUUCUACUCAUUUCUUUGAGAACCUCUUUGAUUUGACGGAUGUGAACAUUCGCAAGUUAUUGGGCUUUUUAAAGCGAUCGGAAUGAUUCAACGGUAGGAACGUGAAGGCAUCUUCCUUCUUCUGUUCCUGUGGUAUCACAAUGGGCGAAAACGUUUAAGUAAGUCUGAUGGCAGACUGCCACUUAAACCUUACCUAGACCUAUUGAAAAAAAUGAGUAUUUUUGAUUUUUUUUUCUUGAGUCUAAAUACUUGCUAAAAAUGCAUAUAAGGUUUUUUCACAAGAACUUAUCUCACCAAUAAGAAAUAAAUUCGGCAUAGAGCUCUUCUACUGAGCUUUGUGGGGCUCCUAAGGUCUAGCGGAAAAAAAUAGUAUUUUUGGUUUUUUCUAGCGUCCAUAUACUUAGUAAAAUUGCAUAUUAGGGCUUUUCGCAAGACCUUAUUUGGCCCAUAUAAAACAAAAUCGAAAUAGGGUUCUUAUAUCCACAAAAUUGGCCGGAUGUGAACUCCCUAAGGCCUAACUGACUAAAUUGGUGUUUUUGAUUUUUUUUUAAUCCCAAAUGGGUUCUAUGCUUAAUUACUUGUUUCACAUUACCUUAUUUUUUAUAUAGAAAAUAAAUCCGUAAAAUUUAUUGGUAUUUUUAUAUUAUUUAUAUUUUUAUAUUAUAUUUAUAAAUCGAGUAGAUUUCAUAUGUUUAUUUUUUUUUAAAUUACCUUUUUUAUUCAUUGCCUUCUUCCUAUUUUUAUGACACUUUUCAGCAAGACUUUAGGGGAGGACUUUUUCUUUAUCUAGGACCGUUAAAUUCUUUUUUCAUAAUAGUUAUACGAGACUUUAAUUUUCUGUAUACGUCGUUUACCCAAGGCAAGAACGAGAGUUUAAAUCGGGGACUUUAUCUUCACUCCCUUUCUUUUCAUUCUGACAAAAACAUUAUGAAAUCAGCUGUUUUUGUUGUCGAUUCGAAUGAAAGCAACCCCAAAUUAAAUUGUUUUCACAAAUUUAUGAUUUAACCCCCUUUCUCACAACUUUAACAAUAUUUAGGCAUACAAAAAAUCAGAUUUGCUCACAUUUUUAGGUUAUAUCAUACGAAUAUAACCUGCAGAUGUGAUAGCAAAAAUGGCGAUUUGGACAAAUAUUUUCAAUCAUAUGUGAAUACUAUUUAUUCAACACCCAUUUGAAUUGAAUGUUUCACAUGUGUCAUGUGAUAUGUAUACCUUAAGCCAAUACUUACAAAGAAAAUCGUCUUUAGGUCAAAUAGACGUCAAGCAAUCUUUGUCAAAGAUCAUAACAAUUCGAUUUCCACAUUGUUUUGCUCAGAAUAUAUUUAUUCAUAUCAUAUUUAAAUGUACUCAUAUUCAGUUCAUAAAACUUUUCACGUUUGGUUUAUUGUGAAAAUGGAUUUUAAUGUAUGAACAAUUGGCGCUUAUAAUUUUUUAUUUUUUUCGUUUACGGAGAAAAAAGAUUUUGUUCGACUCCACAGUUUUGGCGGAAUAGACGAUAUAUCACCAGAUAAAAUAAGUGAAUUUUAUAAGUUAUUCCUGGAUAAGAAUAGACGACUUCAUAUAUUAUACAAUUUUUCGUGGUAUUGGAAAAACUUUGAAAUAUUAUUUUUGGCUUUCCGAGUAGAAAUAGUAAAUAUAUUAAAAUUAAGAAGGAAUGUUAAGUAAACAUGUUUACAUAAUUAUACUUUUUCUAAAUAUAUAAGAUGUUCUGUCAGUAAUAUUUGUA